UCGUCUGUAUCUUAUCGUGCUUGUGUUGAACAGAAGCUAUAGGUGUGUUUACGCGGGAUAUUCUAUGUUUGUAUUCCCCGAUAUACAAGUGUGAUAUCAUUUCAUAUUAGGAAUACACGUGUAAUAAUUACACAUAUCACCCACAUUAGAACUGGACAAAGUAGUAACUCAUUACAUUCGGUGGACAUAUGUAAUUAUUCCAAGUAAAAUUUGUGGCGAACUAACCUAUGUACAAGUGCAAAGUACAGGUAAAAGUGAAACAAUAGUGUACCUAACCAGUGCAGGAAAUAAUGGAACUAGUUUAACAAAACAUCUGGAGUUCUUUACCUUAUAAUAUAUCAAUGUGUGAAAUGAUGCCAAGUUCGUCCCAAUACCGACUGUCCGAAGAAACGGGAAGUGACGGAGAAACAUCCAUUGACUUUAGACUCAACCCGGACAUGAAACUGGACAAUCGGUUACCAAGUAUGUCGCACUCAGAAUCGGACGAUGGACUGUCCGAUUCGGACAGUGUCUUACACUCUCCAGACACCGAUGGACACAAAUUGGUCAGUCCUGAGCACGGCACGCGAUCAGAAGAGUGUCACAGCGGUACCGAGUUCGAAUCCCCAGACAAAAAUCUAGGAUCGCCAUUAUCUAAAGACGAUCUUCAGGACGACUCUCAGGUCAGGCGAUACAGGACGGCCUUCACCCGCGAACAAAUAGGCCGCCUGGAAAAGGAGUUCUACAAAGAGAACUACGUAUCCAGACCGAGGCGAUGUGAGCUGGCCAAACUUCUCAACCUCCAGGAAAAUACCAUCAAGGUUUGGUUCCAGAACAGACGAAUGAAGGACAAGAGACAGAGAAUGGCCAUGGCCUGGCCGUAUGGAAUCGCCGAUCCACAUCUAUAUGCUUAUUUAGCAGCGGCUGCAGCUUCGUAUCCAUACGGAAUUUCUUCUCCUGGAUCAAACCCUUUCAACUACUACGCUUCGCUUGGAAUCCAGAGACCCUCUUCGGCAGGUCUCGGACAAUACUCAUCUUUUGGUGGUGGACCUAUUCGUUCACGGUCAGAUAUUCAUCCCGGAAUGUCAGGCUCACUCAUACGCAAUCCAACAAUGCCAAUCCCGCACUCAAUGCCAGCCACUUCCUCGAUUGGUUGCAAUAUGCACACCUCCCUUGACAAUUCAUCUUCACUCAUCCAUGGACAUUCUUCAAUGCCAAACACGUCACCACCAGCUGAUAAUUGUAACUGUAACCCGUUGUUAGGAGGACUUGGCAAUAUACCUACGUCACUUCCCUCUGCGCAAGCUCCGAAGGCGCAUUCGAAUACAACAUCACAAGGACUGUUUCGUCCGUUCCAGACCGAUUCCGAGAGAACGUGAUGGUAGGAAGUCUAGUAAUUGUAGGAAGUGAACAAAGUAUUAAUCUGGGACGAUGUCAAUGAAAUUCACACUUCAUAAUACAUUAGGGGACUCAUACUGAGUUAUGUUAUGUUAUGUCGAUGGACAAUUUUCCUGUGUUGUCUGUUUUGAAGAAACAUAUGUAAAUAGUUGUCUUAGUUGUCGAAAAGCCAACGUGAUGUGUUGUGUUCAGAAACUUGCAAGUAACCUCCAAAUGAUCUUCCGUUUUUAACGGAAACAAUAAUGGUUUGUAACACUUGUCUAACAUCAUAUGUGUAUGUGUUCGGAUGAUUUAGUAAUUAGCCCGUUGACACCCUCGGUCGAAUGCCCCUCGAACAGAAGCAUCUUAUUCCAUACACUUGUAUUCUCACGUUGACUGUUCCAAAUGCUUUAAGUCACUGGAGGUAAAACUGACAGUAUAUUCAGCCGUUGUACUUACGUUUACGUGUGUGUUUACACGUGUUUAACGUGCCGUUUUAAUCCAUUCCGUUAUUCAUGAUUCUACAUUUAUAUUUAUUUGUUCUGUAUGGAUUGUUCAAUUGAUGCUGGGAUUCUUGAAUCAGUGUUGAAUUGAAGAAAAUAAUAAAAU